GCGCCUCGGAGCUGCAGGCUUCCCAGAGCCGACGGCGCGGCUGCCUGAAAGCCCAGGCGCCGUGGCCAGAGGAGAGAAGUGAGGCGGCGGCUACGCCCCGCAUCAUGGAGGGCAGCCCGGCCCCAGCCUCAGUCCGGGUGGACACCGACCUUCGCCGCCGCCCGCGCCCCUUCCGCCAGCCCCCGCUGCUGCUCUCCGGGCGCCGUCCUCUCCUCACCUCGAAGCCAACAUGAAGGAGACCCGGGGCGACGGGAGCGCCCCUUUCUGCACCCGCCUCAACCACUCGUACCCGGGCAUGUGGGCGCCCGAGCGCUCCGCCGCGGCGCGGGGCAACCUCACGCGUCCCCGCGAGCCCGGCGAGGACUGCGGCUCAGUGUCCGUAGCCUUCCCGAUCACCAUGCUCAUCACGGGCUUCGUGGGCAACGCGCUGGCCAUGCUGCUCGUGUCGCGGAGCUACCGGCGCCGGGAGAGCAAGCGCAAGAAGUCGUUCCUGCUGUGCAUCGGCUGGCUGGCGCUCACAGACCUGGUCGGGCAACUGCUCACCAGCCCGGUGGUCAUCUUCGUGUACCUGUCCAAGCAGCGCUGGGAGCAGCUCGACCCGUCGGGGAGGCUGUGCACCUUCUUCGGUCUGACCAUGACUGUCUUUGGGCUCUCCUCGCUCUUCAUCGCCAGCGCCAUGGCCGUCGAGCGGGCGCUGGCCAUCCGGGCGCCGCACUGGUACGCGAGCCACAUGAAGACGCGCGCCACCCGCGCCGUGCUGCUCGGCGUGUGGCUCGCGGUGCUCGCCUUCGCUCUGCUGCCGGUGCUGGGCGUAGGCCAGUACACUAUCCAGUGGCCCGGGACGUGGUGCUUCAUUAGCACCGGGGGAGGGGGCAACGGGACUAGCUCUUCGCACAACUGGGGCAACCUCUUCUUCGCCUCCACCUUUGCCUUCCUGGGGCUCUCAGCGCUGGCCGUCACCUUCGCCUGCAACCUGGCCACCAUCAAGGCCCUGGUGUCCCGCUGCCGGGCCAAGGCCACGGCGUCACAGUCCGGCGCCCAGUGGGGUCGGAUCACCACCGAGACGGCCAUUCAACUCAUGGGGAUCAUGUGCGUGCUGUCUGUCUGCUGGUCGCCCUUACUGAUAAUGAUGUUGAAAAUGAUCUUCAAUCAGACAUCUGUUGAGCACUGCAAGACACACACUGAAAAGCUGAAAGAAUGCAACUUCUUCUUAAUAGCUGUUCGCCUGGCUUCACUGAACCAGAUCUUGGAUCCCUGGGUUUAUCUGCUGCUAAGAAAGAUCCUUCUUCGAAAGUUUUGCCAGAUCAGGCACCACACAAACAACUAUGCAUCCAGCUCCACCUCCUUACCCCACCAGUGCUCCUCAACCUUGAUGUGGAGUGACCAGUUGGAAAGAUAAUGAAAGAACGGAGCUGAACUUUUUAUUGAAAUUCCUGCUUCCCUGAGUUUGUGUAUUUCUUCCCACCUGAGAAGGAGAAUUUAUGUUUGAUUUGGAUUAUUCAUUUUCGUCUUUAAAAAAAAAUUAAUGUUUUUUUUGUCGUCAGUAAUACCCACUGAAACCAGGUUUAUUAUCGUAAAGUGUGCCUGUGAGUGCUAAAUUGCAUCCUGGAACUGGAUUUUGGGUACAUAUUUAAAGAAGUUGAAUCUGAUUUCGCAGAGAAUGAUUGGUGAAAAAGUGAGAAAAUGAAAAACCCAUUUUUCAGUGUUCCCCCAACUUCAAGUCAUUGCCUGAGUCCCAACCAGUAUGGACAUCUUUACAUUUUAUGGUAGUUUUGAUUUGAUGAGUUUGAAAAAUCAGUGUAAGUUUUCAAAAGUGAAAAGUCAACAUUUUGAGGGCAGGAAUUCAAUUACUAGGACAUAAACUUUAAUGAGAUAGAAGAAGGUGCCAAAUGGAGGCAGGAGGGCACCAUGGCAAAAGAUAUUUAUGCCAAAUGUGUGAUGAAUGUGUUGGAGAUGUUGUGUUCCUCUGCACUAAGCUUGGAACUAAAAGUCCUUAGGUCUGUAUUCUGGUUAUAUGUCACUUUGUAACUCAGGAAUCAGCUUAAGUGCUAUUUCUCUGUCUUUGAAGAUUAAAAGGAGUGGGUGCAGCUAAGGGCUCUUCUAAGGUGUCACAGAAAACAAUAGUGAGGCUACAUUAUUAACCAUUGUGUUAGAGCAAUAAAAAAUCCGGGCAUAGCCUUUUGAUUUACCACUAUCGGUUCAGGAUUUCUUAAAAUUUCUUCCCAGGUGACAUACAAAAGGCAAAUUAGUAGGUGAUAUAGCUACCAAAUAUCAAAUUUUGUUACUUUUUAUGAAAUAAAGGAAUCUAUUUUGUCUGAAUUGAAAUUAGAAAUUCUAUGAGCUUUUAAAAAAUAC